AUGACUGACAAUGUAGAACAAAAAGUUGGAAACAGAAUUUAUAAUUUCACUGAUACAGUUUUACCAUCAGAAGUCCAGAAGAUCUUAGAGUUAGAUUUUAACUAUGGACUACCAACAACAAAUAUCAACCAACCGGUCGUUACAAUUAUUAAGGAUCUGGAGGGAUGUAUCGACAAAGUGAAAGAUGAUGAGUUAUCCAACGAGGGUUUGACGGAAGUGAGAAAUAAUCUGAGAGCAAGAGGUGUAAAUAUUGUGACAAAUCACAUUAAAUAUCAGCGUAGAAGCAACAGCAAUGACAAGAAAAACUUCAACCUAGUUAAAAAUAUCAAAGUCACAAGAAAUUUCUUUAAACAACAUGAAGAUCUCUUAGUAAUGCGCUCAGAUAAAGGUAAUUCAACAGUGGUCAUGUACAGAGAAGAAUACCUCACAGAAAUGAAUAAGUUGGUUGGCGACCGUAAAACCUAUGAAAAGAUCAAAAGAGAUCCUACGUCAAAGCUACAAAACAUAAGCAACCGCUUAAUAAAGAAACUUGUGGAUAUUGGUAUCCUUGACAACAUCCAAGGUAAGCUAAUGCGAACUUACAGUGCAUUGGCACCAAGAAUCUAUGGCUUAAGGAAAACCCACAAACCUGGGUGUAAACUUAGACCAGUGGUCAGUAGCAUAGGAUCACCAGGUUAUGAGAUCGCCAAUUUUGUUCAUAAGAGCCUGCUACCGUUCGUAAUGAGUCUGAAAUAUAAUGUGACAGAUUCAUUUCAUUUUUUAGACCAAAUCAAACUGAAAAAGGUAAAUGAAGACCAUAUUUUAAUAUCACUGGACGUAGUAUCUCUUUUUACCAAUGUUCAUAACAGUUUAAUAAGGAAAAUCAUCAUUGAGCGGUGGGAUGAAAUCCAGAAAUUUGUACAAUUGGACCAGACUACUCUACUAGAGCUUAUUGAUUUUUGUUACGACUCGGGAUAUUUCGUGUUUGAUGGCAAUUUUUACCUUCAGAAGGAAGGAUGUGCUAUGGGGAGUCCAGCAAGUCCUUCAAUUGCCAUCAUUGCAGUAGAUUAUGUUGUUUCAAUGGCGUUGACUCACCUUGACUUUGAAAUUCCGAUCAUUAAGUCGUAUGUUCAUGAUCUCUUCGCAGUGGUUCCAAAGGAUAAAGUAGACAGCAUCUUAGAUGUGUUUAAUAGUGUUGACAAGGACAUCCAGUUUACCUUGGAAGUUGAGAAUAACGGGAAGUUGCCUUUUUUGGACAUACUAAUAGAAAGAUCAGAAGAUGGUGAUCUUAUAACUUCUUGGUUCAAGAAACCGUACAGCUCAGGAAGAAUUUUGAAUUUUAAUUCCAAUCAUCCAUUGAGCCAGAAAUUGGGGGUUGCAAAAGGGUUUUUGAACAGAGCCAUGCGCUUGAGUCAUGUGAACAAGACCAAGGAAAGUAUUCGCAUGGUUCGAAGAUUACUGUCAUCUAACAAUUAUCCAAACAAGGUCAUCAGCAAGUGCUUGUCACCAAGACUGGGAUCUUUAUUCAGGCACGCCAACUGCAAGUUGGUAUUCUAUAACGUAUUCAAGGUUAAGGAUCUAUUUUCCCGACUAAAAGACAAAGUGGAGAAAGAAGAUAGAUCUGGCCUGGUAUACAGGAUUCCGUGCUCGUGUGGGAAAUGGUACGUUGGACAGACCAGGCAAAAAUUAAAAGCCAGAGUGAGACAACACAAACUUGACUGCAGACCUGAGAAGUCCAUAAAAGACAACAAAACAGCAUUAGCGGAACAUCACUUUGUUGAAGAUGGUCAUAACUUUCAGUUCGAGGAUGUGGAGAUUUUAGAUCUGGAGAAAAAUUACAUGAAGAGAAACCUAAGUGAAAUGAUUUUUAUUAAGGCGAUGAAUUGUGUCAAUUUUAGAUCCGACACGCAAAAUCUCAGUACAAUUUACAGUGACCUGAUAAAUGAUGUUAAAGAUUUAGUGAAGUCAUAG